CUUAGCUUCUUUCUGCCUCCUCUCCAGCAUCGCUGCUAAAUAUAGUAAAGGGACGCCCACAGAAACGCAACCAGCGCUCGCGACGACGAUCCUGGGAAAUGCUCGGGCCGGUGAUUCAACCAGUUUGAUCCCUUCCUCCGUCUCGCGACCCCCCGUUGUGCGGCACGGUGGUGCUGCUGCUGCUGCCGCCGCUGCAUCGCAGGCUUGAUGCCGCCGCUCUCCAUCUGAUUCUUCCGUCGCAGUAAUGGCGUCCAAAAGCCGCUUUGUCGUGGGCUCUCAUGUCUGGGUUGAGGACCCAGAUGAGGCCUGGAUGGAUGGCUUGGUGGAAGAGAUCAACGGGGAUGAACUUGUCAUAAACUGCACCUCCGGAAAGAAGGUGACUGCUAAUGUGUCAAGUACCUAUCCCAAGGAUACAGAGUCUCCACGCGGUGGUGUGGAGGAUAUGACAAGGCUUGCAUAUUUACAUGAACCAGGAGUGCUUCAGAACCUAAAGUCCAGAUAUGCACUAAAUGAAAUAUACACUUAUACCGGGAAUAUCUUGAUAGCUGUUAAUCCAUUUCAAAGACUUCCUCACCUAUACAACAAUCAUAUGAUGGGGAUUUACAAAGGCGCGGAAUUUGGUGAGCUGAGCCCGCAUCCAUUUGCUAUCGCUGACCGUUCAUACAGACUUAUGAUAAAUGAUCGUAUAAGCCAAGCAAUAUUGGUGAGUGGAGAGAGUGGAGCUGGCAAGACUGAAAGCACUAAAAGUCUUAUGCAAUAUCUUGCUUAUAUGGGUGGUAAAGCUCAAGCUGAAGGAAGGUCAGUGCAACAACAGAUCCUGGAGUCCAACCCGGUUCUUGAGGCAUUUGGCAAUGCAAAAACUGUCAGGAACAAUAAUUCAAGUCGUUUUGGAAAAUUUGUUGAGAUUCAGUUUGAUGCGAAUGGAAAGAUAUCGGGAGCUGCUAUAAGGACCUAUCUUCUAGAAAGAUCACGUGUGUGUCAAAUAUCUGAUCCAGAAAGAAACUACCACUGCUUUUACAUGCUAUGUGCUGCACCACCAGAAGAUUGCAAGAAAUAUAAAUUGGGAGAUGCCAGAUCAUUUCACUAUCUAAACCAGUCAAAUUGUAUUGCGCUUGAUGCGAUGGAUGACUCCAAAGAAUACAUGGAAACCAGACGAGCUAUGGGUAUUGUGGGUAUCGGUUCUGAUGAACAGGAUGCAAUAUUUAGAGUUGUGGCCGCUAUUCUUCAUUUGGGCAAUGUGGAAUUUGCAGAAGGAAGUGAAGCAGACUCUUCAGUACCCAAAGACGAGAAAUCUCAAUUCCAUCUUAAGACAGCAGCUGAGCUCUUCAUGUGCGAUGAAAAAGGUCUCGAGGAAUCUUUGUGUAAGCGUGUUAUGGCAACACGUGGGGAGAGUAUUACAAAAAAUUUAGACCCACGAGCUGCAGCUCUGAGUAGAGAUGCAUUGGCUCGGAUAGUUUACUCACGUUUGUUUGAUUGGCUUGUAAAUAAAAUCAAUAGUUCAAUUGGUCAAGAUCCUGAUUCAAAGAUUUUGAUUGGUGUCCUGGACAUUUAUGGUUUUGAGAGUUUCUUGACAAACAGCUUUGAGCAAUUUUGUAUCAAUCUGACUAAUGAGAAGCUCCAACAACACUUUAAUCAGCAUGUUUUUAAGAUGGAGCAGGAAGAAUAUACGAAAGAAGAAAUCGACUGGAGUUACAUUCAAUUUGUGGACAAUCAAGAAAUCCUAGAUCUAAUUGAGAAGAAACCGGGGGGAAUAAUUGCGCUUUUGGAUGAGACAUGCAUGUUGCGAAAUUCAACCCACGAGACAUUUGCUGAGAAGCUAUAUCAAAAGUUUAAAGACAACCCUCACUUCAGUAAACCCAAAUUUUCACGGUCCGACUUCACUAUUCACCACUAUGCUGGCAAUGUCACUUAUCAAACGGACCUUUUUUUAGAUAAAAACAUCGAUUAUGCUGUAAAUGAACAUCAAGUCUUGUUAAAUGCCUCAAAAUGUUCAUUUGUUUCAUGUCUUUUUCCACCCUGUGAAGAAUCAACGAAGUCCACAAAGUUUACUUCAAUCGGCACAAGUUUCAAGCAACAACUACAGUCUCUGCUAGAAACUCUGAGUGCAACAGAACCACACUAUAUCCGGUGCAUAAAACCAAACAAUGUUCUCAAGCCAGGAAUAUUUGAGAACAGUAAUGUUCUCCAGCAGCUUCGUUGUGGGGGAGUUUUAGAGGCAAUAAGAAUAAGCUGUCUGGGAUACCCUACUAGGAGAACAUUUUAUGAAUUUGUUAAUCGAUUUGGUAUUCUGCAACCUAAAGUUCUGGGUCGAAGCCAUAAUGAAGUUACUGCUGCAAAGAUGCUUCUUGACAAAGCCAAUCUUACAGGCUAUCAGAUAGGAAAAACGAAAGUAUUUCUGCGCGCUGGUCAAAUGGCAGAGUUAGAUGCUCUAAGAACUGAAGUUUUGGGACAUUCUGCUAAAAAAAUACAAAGCAAAGCUCGGUCAUUUCUGGCUCGAAAAAAAUAUAUCCAGCUUCAACUAUGUGCUACACAACUCCAGGCAGUAUGCAGGGGAACAAUUGCAAGAAGGUGUUAUGAAAACCUUCGUAGGGAAGCAGCUUCAUUGAAAAUUCAGACCUGCUACCGUAUGCACCAUGCAAGGAAAAACUAUGUAGAUGUCUGUUCUGCAUCAACUACUAUCCAGUCGGGUCUACGUGGUAUGGGUGCUCGCAUCAAACUCCACUUUAAGAGGCAAACAAAAGCUGCAGUCAUUAUUCAGAGUCACUGCCGCUGUUAUUUAGCACGCUCACAAUAUGUUAGGCUGAUGAAGGCCACAAUCACGGCUCAGUGUGGUUGGAGAAGAAGAGUGGCCAGAAGGGAACUCCGAAACCUGAAAAUGGCGGCAAAAGAAACUGGUGCUCUACAGGCUGCCAAAAGCAAACUAGAGAAGGAAGUCGAGGAGCUUACUUGGCGACUACAGCUGGAGAAACGUAUUAGGGCUGAUAUGGAAGAAGCCAAGACACAAGAAAAUAAGAAGCUCCAAUUACAAUUGCAGGAGUUGCAAUUGCAGCUCAAGGACACAAAGGACCUAUUGAAAAGGGAACAUGAAGCUGCCAAAGAAGCAUCAGAGAAAGCUGCUCCAGUACCAGAGAUCCUUGCCGAUACAGCUCGAGUCAAUGAUCUUACUUCUGAAAACGAGCGGCUUAAGGUAUUGGUGGCCUCUUUUGAGGAAAAACUUCAGAAAACAGAACAAAAGUUCGAAGAAACAGAGAAAGCUAGGGAAGAAUUACUCAAUAAAGCCACAGAUGCAGAGUCAAAGAUAAAUGAAAUGAAGAACACAAUGCAAAGCCUUCAAGAAAAGCUGACUAACACGGAAGCAGAAAACAAUGUUCUCCGCCAGCAGGCUAUGAAAGCAAGACCUGAUAAUAUGCCUUUGCUUAACAUGCAUCGGAAAUCAAAUUUGGGUAACGGAAGCGUACAUUCUGAUGAACAGACACCUCACGCCACUCCUAUGGAAUUUGGAAGGAGAUCCCUCAUUGAGAGAAAUAAUGAGAGUGUUGACACACUGAUAAAUUGCGUUGUUGAAAAUGUUGGAUUCAGUGAAGGAAGGCCAGUUGCUGCAAUAACCAUAUACAAAUGUCUUCUUCAUUGGAGAGUUUUCGAGACGGACAAAACAAAUGUUUUUGAUCGACUGAUUCAGAUUUUUGGUUCUGCGAUGCAGAAACAAGAUAACAACGCUGAUCUCGCAUACUGGUUGUCAAAUUCAUCAUCUUUAUUGAUUAUACUACAAAAGAGCCUCAAACCGCCUGGUUCUUCUGUAACAACUCCAAUGAAAAGACCACAGACUCAGACAUCGUUCCUUGGAAGGAUGGUAUUUCGUGCUUCAAAUAUAACUGUUGAUAUGGAUCUCGUGCGCCAAGUUGAGGCCAAGUAUCCUGCUCUCCUUUUCAAGCAGCAACUAACAGCUUUUGUGGAAGGCUUAUAUGGAAUGAUCCGAGACAAUGUGAAGAAAGAAAUAUCUUCAGUACUGUCACUAGUCAUUCAGGCACCAAGAAAUGCAAAAGCUGGUUUGAUUACAGAUCAAGGCAGCUAUUGGCAGAUGAUAGUCAACCAUUUGAAUGACCUCUUGAAAAUUUUGCAAGAAAAUUGUGUACCGGCAAUUUUUGCUCGGAAGAUCUUUACACAGAUAUUCUCAUUUAUUAACGCUCAUCUCUUAAAUAGUCUUCUUGUGCGGCGUGAGUGCUGUUCUUUUAGCAAUGGCGAAUAUGUGAAACAAGGGCUGGAUGAACUUGAGUCAUGGUGUACACAGGCCAAGCCAGAGUAUGCAGGAUCUGCAUUUGAUGAACUUAAGCACAUAUGCCAAGCUGUUGGUUUCUUGGUCAUUUUCAAAAAGUUCAGGAUCUCAUAUGAUGAAAUCAUCAACGAUCUGUGCCCAGUGUUGAGUGUUCAGCAGAUUUACAAAAUAUGCACGCAGUACUGGGAUGACAAAUAUAAUACCGAGAGUGUAUCUGAAGAGGUGCUUGACGAGAUGAAAAAACGGGUGAACGAGGGAAGCGCUUCAGACAACACGUUUUUACUCGAUGAGGAAAUAAGCAUGCCUCUAUCGCUGGAGGAGAUCGCGAGCUCAAUGGACGCCAAGGACUUCCAGAAUGUGAGUCCACCGCAAGAACUCCUUGACAACGCGGCUUUCCAGUUCCUGAGAAGCUGAGGCCUACAUACUGCACGUAGAUGGAUCGGAGUAGAUAGCUAGCUGCUGUACGUAGAUUAUUCUCAGAAACUGUAGAUAUAGCUAGCUUUGGAAUUAAUUCGCUUUUGCGAUGAUCGAUGAUCUUGCAUGCUUCUCCAUUCUCGAUCGCCUCUCUCGGGCCGGGCCGGGCUGGACUGGGCCUGGCCUGGCCUUGUAAAUUAGUUGCUUCAUUCUUCUUCGUAUAAGUAUAUACGUAGCUCAAUUGAUUAAUUGUAGGUGUCGAUCCGGUGCCUUGUGGCUGCUGGAUUGAUUCAUUGAUUGAUUACGGAAUUCCAAGGGGGCGUGGUUGUGACUGGCAUGACUGGAUAACAACGCCAGGUUCCUUGGACAUGCAUCCAAUAUGUAGCCUCUUUUUAUGUGGGUCUAUAUGCGAUGUUUUAAUAUAGAAAAUUUACUUGUUUUGCAUCUUUCUCGAUCCAUAGC